UGCCCGGUGAGUGCUGCCGGUGUCGGGCGGGAGCUGGUCGCGUGAGCGGUUAGGCGGCCGGGGUAGAGUGUGGAAAAGCGGGGUCCAGGCCCGAGUUCUGAGGCAGCGCGUGGCGGCGAGCGAGGCAGGCAGGGCCGGGUGGCGUGGUCAAUGAGCCGGCGCCGCGCCGCAGACUCCCCUGGCCCUGGCGCGGUCCCGGGAGCCACGGGCUAAGGAGUCGCAAGGCUCCGGGACGCACACGGAGCUGCCACUAUGAACCCCGAGAAGGACUUCGCGCCGCUCACUCCCAACAUCGUGCGUGCCCUCAAUGACAAGCUAUACGAAAAGCGGAAGGUGGCAGCGCUGGAGAUCGAGAACUGCAGUGGCUUCAGAAGAUGGAAGGGAGAGACUGUAACACAGUUGAAAGGAUGUAAACUGUGUAGAUGUCAAGGAUGCAGACCCUCUGUGACCCUGGGAAAAGGAAAUGAUUUCAGAUCUUGUUUCAGAUCUGGAAGGCUGGUUCGGGAGUUCGUGGCACAGAACAACACCAUACAAAUCAAGCAUGUGAUCCAGACCCUGUCUCAGGAGUUUGCCCUGUCCCAGCAUCCCCACAGUCGGAAAGGGGGCCUCAUCGGCCUGGCUGCUUGCUCCAUCGCCCUGGGCAAGGAUUCAGGGCUCUACCUAAAGGAGCUGAUUGAGCCAGUGCUGACCUGCUUCAAUGAUGCAGACAGCAGGCUGCGCUACUAUGCCUGUGAAGCCCUCUACAACAUCGUCAAGGUGGCCCGAGGCGCCGUGCUGCCCCACUUCAAUGUUCUCUUUGAUGGGCUGAGUAAGUUGGCUGCUGACCCAGAUCCCAAUGUGAAAAGUGGUUCUGAGCUCCUGGACCGCCUUUUAAAGGACAUUGUGACUGAAAGCAACAAGUUUGAUCUGGUGGGCUUCAUCCCCUUAUUGCGGGAGAGAAUUUACUCCAACAACCAAUACGCUCGGCAGUUCAUCAUCUCCUGGAUCCUGGUUCUGGAGUCUGUGCCAGAUAUCAACCUUCUGGAUUACCUGCCAGAGAUCCUAGAUGGACUCUUCCAGAUCCUGGGUGACAAUGGCAAAGAGAUUCGGAAAAUGUGUGAGGUGGUUCUUGGAGAAUUCUUGAAAGAAAUUAAGAAGAACCCCUCCAGUGUUAAGUUUGCUGAGAUGGCUAACAUCCUGGUCAUCCACUGCCAGACCACAGAUGACCUGAUCCAGCUGACAGCCAUGUGCUGGAUGCGGGAGUUCAUUCAGUUGGCUGGCAGGGUGAUGCUGCCCUACUCUUCUGGGAUCCUCACUGCUGUCUUGCCCUGCCUGGCCUAUGAUGACCGCAAGAAAAGCAUCAAAGAGGUGGCCAAUGUGUGCAACCAGAGUCUGAUGAAACUGGUCACCCCUGAGGACGAUGAGCCAGAUGAGCCAAAGCCAGUGGGACAGAGACAGACAGAACCCAACCCCGAGGACUCUCUGGCAAAGCAGGGAGGGACAGCCAGUGGAGGUCCAGAUGGUUCUUGUGACUCCAGCUUUGGGAGCAGCAUCAAUGUCUUCACUCCAGCCAGUACUGAUAGGGCCCCAGUGACCCUGCACCUUGAUGGGAUCGUGCAGGUCCUGAACUGCCACCUGAAAGACAUGACCAUCGGAAUGAUGACCAGGAUUGCUGUUCUGAAGUGGCUGUAUCACCUCUACAUCAAGACUCCCCGCAAGAUGUUCCGGCACACAGACAGCCUCUUUCCCAUCCUACUACAGACGCUAUCAGAUGAAUCCGAUGAGGUCGUCCUGAAGGAUCUAGAGGUGUUGGCAGAAAUUGCUUCCUCCCCCGCAGGCCAGACAGAUGACCCAGGCCUAACUGAUGACCCUGACCUCCGGGUCAGCCACUCUGAGCUUCAGGUUCCCACCUCUGGCAGAGCCAGCUUGCUGAAUCCUCCCAGUACCAAAGGCUUAGAAUGUUCUCCUUCCACUCCCACAAUGAACUCCUACUUUUAUAAGUUCAUGAUCAACCUUCUGCAGAGAUUCAGCAGUGAACGGAAGCUCCUAGAAGUCAGAGGCCCUUUCAUCAUCAGGCAGCUUUGUCUCCUGCUGAAUGCAGAGAACAUUUUCCACUCAAUGGCAGACAUCCUGCUCCGGGAGGAGGACCUCAAGUUCGCCUCCACCAUGGUGCACACCCUCAACACCAUUCUACUCACCUCUGCUGAGCUCUUCCAGUUGAGGAACCAGCUCAAGGACCUGAAGACUCUGGAGAGCCAGAACCUGUUCUGCUGCCUGUACCGCUCCUGGUGCCACAACCCAGUCACCACAGUAUCCCUCUGCUUCCUCACCCAGAACUACCGGCAUGCGUAUGACCUCAUCCAGAAGUUCGGGGACCUAGAGGUCACUGUGGACUUCCUCACAGAGGUGGACAAGCUGGUGCAGCUGAUAGAGUGCCCCAUCUUCACAUAUCUACGUCUGCAACUGCUGGAUGUGAAGAACAACCCAUACCUGAUCAAGGCCCUGUAUGGCCUGCUCAUGCUACUACCCCAGAGCAGCGCCUUCCAGCUGCUGUCUCACCGGCUCCAGUGCGUACCCAACCCUGAGCUGCUGCAGACUGAAGACAGUCUAAAGGUCACCCCCAAGUCCCAGAAAGGCGACUCCCCAAGCAUCGACUACACAGAGCUACUGCAGCACUUUGAGAAGGUCCAGAAGCAGCACCUGGAAGUGAGGCAUCAGCGCAGCGGGCGCGGGGAUCACCUAGACCGCAGAGUUGUUCUCUGACACACCUGGCAUGGAGAAGGGCCCAUGAAGCACUCAGGGUCUUCAAGCUUCCUCCUCGGCAUCCCCGAGGACCUGCCUCUUGGGCAGGGCUGGGCCUGAUCACCAGCCCAGGCAGGGAGAGGGACAGAGGCUGCUCUGUCCACCCCAGCUACUCUCAGCCCAGCCUCUGGCCCCCAGUGCUGUCCACUGCAUUCUGGCUUCAGACAGCUGGCUUCCCACCAGGGUGGGACCACAGCCUCAGAAGUCACCCAUCUUCUGGAACUAGUCUCUUUCUAAUACCCCUUUGUGAGAAGAGUUUGACUUCAGCCCCCAGAGCUCUGGCCUGGUGUGUAUAUGUGUAUACAUGAGUGAGCAUGUGUGUAUGUACAUCUCCAUGUAUAUAUACCUGUGUGCACACUGGGACCAGCACGAAAAUCUCUACUGAAUGAUGUCCACUCUACCCUUGCCCCAAUAAAGAA